AUAGUCUCUCACUCCAGUUGUCAUUCCUGCAACAGUUUGGUGGAUGAGAUGGCCACGAUAGCCACGCACGACUCAGUUAGCAAGCUCCUCGAGCGCAGUCGUACACUGCGUCAGCGGACAGACGCAAUGGUGGCAGACAGACGGAUGCAGGCAUUCGAUCCAAGCGUCACUAAGCCAGCCAAAAUGACAAGCAUGCUGGAUGUCGUGCGACACGAAGUGAAAGAGUUACGGAAAGACAACAAGUCUCUCAAACUGCAAAUGCAGCUGCUCUAUACCGCUAUCAAGGAUGUGUCGAACGAGCUUACACGAGAGCUCACGGUAGACACGUACGACGUCGACGACGGGGAGGAGGAACCGUCAGCACCCGGCUUCGUCAAAGCUCGACGCCCGUCACUUCCAGCCAUGUCCAUAUCGACUCAUCGAGAACAAAUUCCGACUCUCUUGGUACCUAUUAGACAUGCGCACGAUAACGAUUCAUCACGCACUGGCGGUUGCAUUUCCAGAAAGAUUGUGAGCAGUGGCGCCGGUAAGAACCGACAAGAGGCGUGGUAUCGAGAUCUCCUAGAAAUGCGGUUCGCGGAAUUGAACUGGAGUGAACAGGCCACCGAUAAAGCAAGCCAUUGGGCUAACACUUACGUGCCACAAACUAUGGCAGUUUCGUACUAGGUAAUGGUGGCAUGCAAACAUAGUUUCAUAAAAGACUUCGUACAUUUCUAUACAAUGCUAUGUCUGUUGUAAGUAGGACAUCAGAGAUGGAAAUUUAAUGUAUAUAGAUGACUCAUUGUCUGCACAUCUAAA